UCCCUCUCUAAUAAUCCCAUUGUUUCUUCAAAUAAUUCAAAAUCUGGUUUCCUUUGUUUCCAGCAGGUAAGUGGUAACAGGUGGGGGUUUAGAUUAUGUUCUCUUUGUCCAAAUUCAAGAAUAAGAAAAAGGGUUUAUUCAGUUAUUCUUCGAGAAUUCUUUCCUCUUAGGGUGUCUGUCUCAGUGGGAGCUCAAAGCUAGUCGAAGAUGAAUGCCCCAAUUAUUGAUCCAUUGCAAGGAGAUUUUCCAGAGGUGAUAGAAGAGUAUUUGGAGCAUGGGGUUAUGAAAUGCAUCGCCUUUAAUCGCCGUGGUACUCUUCUCGCAGCUGGAUGCUCUGAUGGAAGUUGUGUUAUUUGGGACUUUGAGACCAGGGGCAUCGCCAAGGAGCUUAGAGAUAAAGACUGUACUGCUGCUAUAACAAGUGUCUGCUGGUCAAAGUAUGGUCAUCGAAUUCUUGUGUCUGCUGCUGACAAGUCAUUAACACUUUGGGAUGUUGUCAAUGGUGAGAAGAUUACUCGUAUCGUUCUGCAACAAACGCCUCUACAAGCUCGUCUACAUCCGGGUUCCUCAAUGCCAUCUGUCUGCUUAGCUUGCCCCCUAUCAUCUGCUCCAAUGAUUGUUGACUUAAGUACUGGAGGCACAACUGCACUCCCAGUCAUUGUUUCCGAUAUGGGAAAUGGUGUUGCUCCGCCUUCUCGUAACAAGAUCCCUGAUGGAACCUCUUACACACUGACUGCUGCCUGCUUUAACAAGAAUGGAGAUCUGGUAUACGUGGGGAACUCCAAAGGUGAAAUACUUAUAGUAGAUCACAAAAAUGUCAAAGUACUUGCUAUAGUUCCAAUUUCUGGCAGUGCUAUGAUCAAGAACAUUGUUUUCAGCAGAAAUGGACAGUAUCUCCUUACAAAUUCAAAUGAUAGAGUUAUCAGGAUUUAUGAAAAUAUUCUUCCCCUGAAAGAUGGACUUAGAGCUCUUGAUGACCUUAACAAGACCAUCAAAGAGGAAGAUACUCUUGAGAAGCUGAAGGCUGUUGGAUCCAAAUGCUUAGUUCUUUUUCGGGAGUUUCAAGAUUCAAUCACAAAGAUCCAUUGGAAAGCACCAUGUUUCAGUGGUGAUGGUGAGUGGGUAAUAGCUGCUUCUGCUAUCAAAGGAGAGCAUAAGAUGUACAUAUGGGACCGAGCUGGUCAUCUUGUAAAAAUACUUGAAGGUCCAAAGGAAGCCGUGUUUGAUUUAGUGUGGCAUCCUGUCCACCCUAUUAUUGUAUCUGUUUCCUUGACUGGCUUGGUUUAUAUUUGGGCUAAAGACUACACUGAAAACUGGAGUGCAUUUGCUCCUGAUUUCAAAGAGCUUGAAGAAAAUGAAGAGUAUGUAGAACGAGAAGACGAGUUUGAUCUGGUGCCUGAAACCGAAAAGGUGAAAGAAUCAGAUAUAAAUGAAGAUGAUGAAGUUGAUAUUGCGACAGUGGAGAAGGAUCCACUCAGUGAUUCUGAUAUGUCACAAGAGGAGUUACGCUUCUUGCCUGCUAUUCCUUGUCCCGAUGAUCCCCAACAGCAGAACAAAUGUGUGGGAAGUUCAUCAAAGUUGAUUGAUAGUAAUCAUUCCGGAUCCCCUCUCUCUGAAGAGAAUGAACAAGCAGCCCACAAUGCCUCAAGUCCACCUGAGGAGGACACAGCUGGAGGCAGUCAAUCAAAAAGAAAACGCAAGCUUUCAGAGAAGGGGUUGGAGUUACAGGCGGAGAAGGUCAAGAAGCCCAUGAAAACCUUGAAAUCUUCUGGUAGGUUAUUGAAAACAAAGAAUAAACCUGUUGAUGAUGAGGAUGAUGGCAAUGGUUUAUAUGCGGAUGAUGGAUCCGAUGAUUACUAGUAGAUCAGAAUUGUCCUUUAUUUAUCAUUUGAACCUAGUGAAUGGAAAAGGAAAAGUGAAGAGAGAAUGAGAAAACAUGUAGCUGGACAGCUUAGAGCUAUUCAUCAAAAAUUUUCCUUUUAAGAGA